AUGGACAUGACAGCUGUGUCUCCUGUAACGGGGAAGCUUAUAGGAGAGCGCACAGCAUCAUCAUGGCUGCACGUGGUGCCAGCAGCAGUCCAGCACAUGCUGACGUGGAUCAGCCAGAGAUAUCCGUCCGUCCCCAUCAUCAUCACUGAAAACGGAAUGAGCGAGCCCAACCUGCCUUCGCGCUCGCUUGCCCGCUCGCUGUGUGACGACCAGCGUGUUUGCUUCUACCGGUCCUACCUCUCAAGUGUGCUCCAAGCCAGGCGGCAAGGCGUGCCGGUGGAGGGAUACUACGCCUGGUCGCUUCUGGAUAAUUGGGAAUGGGCCAUGGGGUUUUCAGAGCGGUUUGGAGUGGUGUUUGUCAACUUCACAGACCCAUUGCUUCCGAGAUUCCCCAAGGCGUCUGCUCUCUGGUUCAAGCACCUUCUAAGAGCACAUUCGACGCACAUUAGAGGGCACGCAGUACAGUAA